UUGCUAAAUAAGACAGUUACUUUGGUUUGGUUGAAGUUAAAAGGAAAAACUCCGAAAAAGUAAUCAUGGUAACUUGGGCGUUCAUAUAAUUUGGUUUUGUUGUUCUAUUAUAUUGGGUCGAUAAUUUAAUGUUGCUUGUCAAUUAGCUUUGUCAACCCAAUAUUUUAAAAAUUCUCCCGUAUAACGUUUCUGGAUGUAGUAAUUAGUUUAUCACAAGGUUGACAAAAAAUAAUAAUUAGUUUGUCACAAUCUUAUAAUCCACACUAAGUAUUAAAUAGUAGCUAGGCAUAAAAGCAUAAGAACUCAUACUGUAAAUAUAUUUAUCUCUCUAGAUCGAGAAAGCCAUCGAGGAGUUCAUAUCAUAUCCAUGGCGAUAUCUCACGCCCUGCAGCCUUUGCUUCAUUUUCACCUCCUUGUGUCACUCUUUGUCUUACCAGUUGCUUUGGCCGCCUCUGUCAGCGACUUCCGAAUCUGCCAGAAUUCUCAGCAGUCUCCCAUUAAAGUCAACGCUGUGGAGGUCUCUCCAUACCCAUUUACGAGUGGCACUAACGCAAACUUUACCAUAACCGGUUUUACAAGCCAAGAAUUACCUAAUGAUGCAGAAGUAAGUGUAGGACUCACUUCUGAUGGGAGACUCGGCACGGGGUCACUUGUAACCACUUUAAAACGUUACUCCCUCUGCGAUAUAACAACGUCAUGCCCUGUUGCACCUGGCUCCAUUGUGCUCACUUUCUCAAACAUAUUCAUUCCACAAGACUUACUACAACUCAUAGGAAAAGGAUACUAUGUUCUUGUCCGGAGACUCGAGAUGAAUAAUUCAUAUGAGCCCAUGAUGUGCAUCAUGCUCAAUUGAACUACUAAGGCGUACGUCUCUGUGUUUCAAGUUUUAUUUCUCUCUCGUUACUAUUUGUAUUGGAACCUUACGUACUUACUGUCUGCAUUGUCUUUUGCCAAUAUAUAAAGUUUAUAAACAAGGGUUAAGAAACCACACCCU